AUCUUUUGUGGAAGCAAUCUAAGAAUUUUGCCCAGAAGUCAGUGUAAAACAUUCCAGUUACAAUUUCAUGUGCCAUACCUGCAAAAUAUCUAAUGCUCCUGGACCUGACAAUCUGCUUUCUUCCAGUGUCAGUGGAAAGUCUCUUACCGUGAGCAAUUCUACUCCAGGUCAAGGUGAUGAGAAUGACAGCACGAAAUUUAAAGGAGUGAGAUUGCCAUGCAUGCCUUCUCGUGUCCUUCAUCUUCGUCAAAUUCCAGAUGAUGCCACUGAAGCAGAUGUCAUUUCAUUAGGCCUGCCUUUUGGCAAAGUAACCAAUGUACUGAUUCUAAGAGGAAGAAGUCAGGCUUUUUUGGAAAUGGCUUCUGAAGAAUGUGCUAUUAGUAUGGUGAACUACUGCUCUUCUGCUAUACCUUACAUCCGCAGUCAGCCUGUGUAUAUUCAGUAUUCCAACCACAGAGAACUUAAGACUGACAAUCUACCUAGUCAAGCUAAUGCUCAAGCUGCGCUGCAAGCUAUGAAUACUGUGCAGUAUGGAAACGUGGCUGUUACAAGUGCUUUUGUUCCUGAAGGUGCGGUUCCUCCAAGUCACAGUUCUGUUCUUCGAGUCAUUAUUGAAAAUGUUUUCUACCCUGUCACUUUAGAAGUGCUGAAUCAGAUUUUCUCUAGGUUUGGAUUUGUCUUGAAGAUUGUCACCUUUACAAGAAAUAAUCAGUUUCAAGCUUUGAUCCAAUAUGCUGAACCAGCGAAUGCAUAUUAUGCCAAAAUGGCUCUAGAUGGCCGAAAUAUCUACAAUGCAUGCUGCACUCUACGUAUUGAUUUCUCCAAGUUAACAAGCCUUAAGGUGAAGUACAACAAUGAGAAAAGCAGAGAUUUCACUCGCUUUGACCUUCCAGCUUCUGAUGUCCAACUACCCCUGGAUCCAGCCAUAAUUGCUGCCUUUGGGUCCGAAGGUAUCAUCUUCCAACCACAAGUAGGGACUGGUGGAUUUGUCCCGUUUGCAUACAUUCCUCAAGGGCCUGUUACCACAUCUGUGGCAUCUGUACAGAUGAGUAAUCCAGGUGUUCCAGGAAAUUCUGUUUUACUGGUCAGCAACCUCAACCCUGAGGCCAUCACACCACAUGGACUUUUCAUCCUAUUUGGUGCCUUUGGUGACGUGCUUCGUGUGAAGAUCAUGUUUAAAAAUAAAGAAAAUGCUUUGGUUCAGAUGGCAGAUGCAACCCAGGCUCAAAUAGCUAUCAGCAACUUGAAUGGACAGAAGAUUUAUGGGAAGUUUAUCCGUACAACUUUCUCAAAACAUCACAAUAUUCAACUCCCUCGUGAAGGACAAGAUGACAAUGGUCUGACAAAGGACUAUAGCAAUAGCCCGUUACAUCGCUUUAAGAAGCCUGGCUCUAGGAACUUCCAGAAUAUCUUUCCUCCAUCUGCCACCCUACAUCUCUCCAACAUCCCGAGUUCUGUUUCUUUUGACGACCUUAAGAGUCUUUUUGCACGUACUGGAUCUACUGUGAAAGCCUUCAGAUUUUUCCAGAGAGAUUGCAAAAUGGCUCUUAUCCAGCUGGGCUCUGUGGAAGAAGCAGUUCAUGCUCUCAUUGAACUUCAUGAUUAUGACCUAGGAGAAAAUCAUCACCUCCGAGUUUCCUUCUCAGGAUCUACAAUUUGACUUUUCUGUGAACAUUCCUUUUAAAACUGCAUUGUAAUUUUCUUACUCUCAUCAAAUAGAGACUGAAGUAGCUGUGACUAAUUCUGUUCUUAAAAGAAAAAUCUUGUUCCUACACACAGCAAAGAAUUAGGGGAUAAUCUUUUCUGAUUUCAGCUGCCAGUAUAUGAUCAAAUCUUAUUAUUCAUCAAUAAAAAGAUUAAAUUUCUUUAGAAAUAAUAUUUAUCAUCAAGUUUCCUAUUUUAAUUUUACUUUUGAGAAUAUAUUUUGAAUUUUUGUUUCAAAUUAGCCUUAUGAAAUAUUUUAGAGUGCUUUUCCAGUAUACCAAACUGAGAAUGUUUCUAACAAAAUGGUAAAUCCACUCUACCCACAUUAAACACUGAUUUGAAUGUGAAGUAGUGCUUGGCUUUCUUGAAGAAAAAGCUAGAGUGUGUAUUCACACUUUAGCAAAUCUUUACAAUAGCUUUUUUAAAACAUAAAUUCUGUGCUGUUCGUAUGGGUUAAAUUAUUAGAGGAAAGGCAGUGCCUUUUCUUAGUGAAGUAAAAGAUGUUUGAUGAGUUUCUCCAAGCUGUGACAUUAGAGUCUUAGCUUGACUUCAUUCUGGAAUGGAAGUUCGUGUUAUUUUACUAUGAAGUGAUAUUGUGUAAGAGUAUUUUGAAGAAAAUAAGAGGAGAAAAAUAGUCCUGAUUUCAAAGAGUUUUUUACAUUUCUUUAAAGGAUAAAAUGUUUACAAUCUUAUAGAAAAUAUUCAGGUCUGUGAUGGCUUAAUGAAUUUUUAAGAAGUUAUUUUUGGUAAGGUCAUCUUUGGGGAUGAAAAAUUAAACCUCAAGAGUUUUUUGUAUCAAUAUUGUUACUGUGUAUUUACUUAAUUUCUUAUUAUGUGCCUUACUGUGUGCUUAUGACACAACAGCUUUGAGUUUUAUCUGAAGUAUCUUGAAAAAUGUAAUGUAGGCUCUUAAAUUUUUUUUUUUCUUGUAAAUAUUUUCCUAACUGCUACUUUUGUGUUUCCUCCCCUCAACCCUCUCCCAUCCCCAGUAAUAUUCUAACUUCUAGUUUCUGGUCCUUCAGUAUAGAGAUAAGGUAGAGGUGGAAAUUAAAUUUAAACAUUAAGUUUAAAACAGAGUCCUGUAGGCCUCUUUGAAUUUAUCUGGUUGCAGUUGUCUGAUACCUAUAUUUGGCAAAAAAAUAAAAAUAAAUUAUUCCCAGAAAAAUGCACAAAAAACAAAAAGACAAAAUAAAAUGAUGCAUCAAGGCAAACAUACAAAUUACAUGCCCUUUUAAUUUGUUUAAUCUAAUAAUACUUAGUGCUAAUCCUUAAACAAAUUUGAAGGGCUGAGAAUGUACAGCAUUCUCACAGAAAGAGAAAGAAAUAAUCUUUUUAUUUUGUCUUAAUGUUAGAACUAAUGUCAGCUCUGAACUACUUGCAGUUUGAAAUGAGGAGGCUGACAGUUUAGGCUACCAGAGAUUUACAGAUUUUUAAUGUGAGAGAAAUCUGGAUAGUAGAUCUUUGGUUUGUUUUUUGUUUUUGUUUUUUGUUUUUUUUUUCUUUUAUUAUAUAUUUGUCCUGUAUCUUUUUGUCGUUAUCUCUUGUUAUCAUUGUUUCUUUUAUUUAAAUAAUUCUUGUCAGAUUACUUGCAAAUUUAUGUAUUUCUCAGACACUGCCUCUUAAAGAGGCAGACAGAAGUGCAGACAAGCCUCAAAAAUAGCUGUACAUCUCAAUGUUUCCUUAACAGAAUGAUGGUACUAGAUAAGGCUAGCUUAUCUUAUUCAGUAUUCUGCCUCGAACAAUUAAAAGCAAAAAUGUUACUAUAAUGCACUGUUAGUGAAGGAUAAGGACAAAAAGAGUAAUUCUUAAACUGUGCUUGACUCAUCAAUGCAAAAGCACUGUUGCACUCAGCUUGUGAAUCUCUAAACAAUAUAUGAGCUCAGAACCUCUGAGAAGAGCAGGCUUUAUUUUACAGAUUCUUACACUGAUGUAGGUUGAAAAUGAAGCUCAGAAGGCCUUAAUCUUACAGCUACCAGAAGUGGAUGAGGGUAGAGUUCUCUGCCUUUGUGUAUUUUAAGUCAAAAAUCAGCCCUGGGUUACUUCCAACUCCUACUUUUGUUUGAUGGCAGCACAUUGAUUCAAAAUGUAGUAAGGCAUUCUUAACACAGUAGAAACUUGGUGGUUUUUAAAUGACCUACAAUGUGUUGCCUAGUAGAAAAACUUCAGCUUCUUUGGAUUUCUUUAACUGCCUUGGAACAUCAGCUGAAAAUUUGAGUUUUAGUUGACUUGGUUGCAAUGUCUGAUGGUAUUGUCAGUUCUAUUUUUGUGCUUUGAGGUAGAUUUAUGCCUUUUUAAUGCUUCAGUUAUUCCACGGAUCUGAAGAGACUUGCCUAUAUGACACUUUCUGUUUACAGGUGGCAAACCUGUUUGUAUACAAACUAUUUACCCAUGCUGAAAAAAAACAACAGAUGCAACUUCCCCCCCCUAGAUUCAUUAAUUUUGAGUCAUAAAGUGAUUCAGGUUUUUUUUUCCCUGUUAAGGAUGCAGACCUAUUCCUUGUUGUCGUAUACAACUAGCAUGUACCGCUGUUCUUCAAAUGCUUUCAACUUUUGUCCUCGUAUGUUUUUAUCUAAAGCAGAUCUAUCACACUUAGAGCUUUUACUGUUGAGCUGAAAAGAUAUUGUUCAGAUUACACAGUUUUUCUUUUAUAUUUAACAGCCUUCUGAUGACUUGUCUGCUCUGUACAAGCCCUGUUGACCUGUUCUUUUAAAAGAAAAUCCUAACGGUUGGGAGUUGUGAAUUAUUUCAUGAAAGAAUGGAAAUAUUCUCAAGAAUUUAAUAUUGUGUGAGGUGAUUGGGAAUAACAUACAGUGGGACCAAAGUUUAUGUGCCUUCGGAAGUCCUGUGUGUAGGGUUUUCUCAUAUCUACUGCUGUUUCAUGCACAAUAAACACUCUUUCCUUCCUUUCCCCUGGAAAUUGUAUAUUUAUAUUGUUAAGACAAAGUUGUCUAACUAUACAGGUAGUCAGUUAUAACUUCAGUACAGAUUUAAUGAUAAAAUUGCCUUCACUGCUGCAGGUUUCGGUUUGUAUUUUGGAGGGGCAUACCACGGAAUGACAGAAUCCAAGCAUAAUCCACUUAUUUCCAACCUGAAUAGUGACAGUAGUUUGUGAUUGGAGCAGACCCCAACAAGGGGUUUUGUAUAGCUGAAGGCCCUUGACACUUGCUGUGAAAGCUUUUACAUUUAACUAGUGUGAUCUUAUUGCUGUAAACAGUUCUUCAGUUCCUGGAAACUGCAUUACUUAUGGAGAGUAGGAAUCUAACCACUUAGUCCAUUUUAAGCACUUUCCAAUUUUCCUUGAGCAUGUUAUCUGUUUUCUGCAAAACUUCGCCCUAGAACUGCAGCAGCAGACAAAAAGGGUUACUAAGCAAGCCGAUUCUUGCAUCAGAACGUCACCUCAUUUUCUGACCAAAGACUGACUGUACUGGUUUUAGUGAUACAUUAUGUGAAAACUGUUCUCUCAAAUUCCUUUCGGAAGGGGAAAGCCAAUGCAAAGUGGCCUUUACUUGCUGUUUGUUGAUGAAAUACUUAGUCCAUAAAGAAAAUGAGAUUGUAAUGUGAAACAGUGCUGUGGGCAAGGGGUUAAUGGACUACCUUUAGUAUUAUAACCAAGAUGUUCAAAAGCAUGGCUAGGAAUUGUUGAAAUUCCUUUAUUUACAUUAUCUGUUCACAAAAGUCCAUUUUCAGUUUAUAAAAAUGUUGAUCUAACACAAGAAAACUAUGUAAAUAUUUGUAACAUCUUUAAAAAAAAAAAACUAGAUAAAAAUGGCUUUGGUGGGCAAAUGAAAGUGUAAAAUGGUUUUAUAUUAAAAAACAACAAUUGUCUUGUAUGUUUUAGUAAACAGUACCAGCUUUCACUUGUAAAGCAGCUUCUGGCAUUGGAGAAAAAAGAUUCCAUGUUUGGUGAUAUAAUAUGCUGAUACAAAAAAGAUGUAAUAUUAAAAAGAAACCUAUUUUCUAAUUGUGUAGUGCAUGGUUAGUUUGAAUUUGUUUUGCUGCAAUAUAUUGUUUCAUUGAUGUUCACGAGUAUGCUGAUUAAUUGAUACCUAUACCUAAUUCCUUAACUCUAAUUGUUGUAGCAUGCCAUUUAAUAAAUGUCAUUACGUCUACACUCUGAA